UUGAAAUUUGACUCUGAAUCUGGAUUCACCGUGCAGGAGCUGACUAAUUUGCUUCCCUGUCGCCACCGCCUACGUUUUGGGAGAUACUGCCACUUCAGGUCCUUUGCUCUCUUCCUCUUUCUUGCCUUUGUUACUUCACAUUCCAUUCUGUGCACUUCCUGUUCUCUAUUGAUAACUCCCCUUCUCACGAAACGGCAAUAUCGAGUGGACUGGUCUUUCUCUUAAAUUCGAAAUAUCUCUCUUCCCAUUGACCAAAGCCGCGAUAGCUCCUUCCCGCUUCUUUUUUCCCAGCUUAAUACCAUGGCGACUGACGUCGGCCACAUUGCCUCGCGCAUCCUCUCACUAGACGCUCCUCGAGACCCCGAUUUCGAUGAGUUUUCUUUCAUCCCAUUCCUGCGCAGCGGCUACGGAUUCGGGCUGGCCAGCGACGUUCCCGAAUGCAAGGCCUUCCACGAGGGCCACUGUCCGCUGGGGCCUGCCUGCCCGGACCGACACCCUACGCCCUCACGCAUGACCACAUCAAUGACGACCGCCUCGGGACUGGCGCCCUCCACCACACACGGAUCGCUGGUCUGCAAACAUUUCCUCAAGGGACUCUGCAAGAAAGGCAUCAAGUGCGAAUAUCUUCAUGAAUACAACCUGCGGCGCAUGCCGGAGUGUCAGUCCUUCUCGCGGUCGGGCUACUGCCCGAACGGCGAUGACUGUCUUUAUCAACACGUGCGGGAGGAGGCUCGGCGACCGCCGUGCGAACACUAUGACCGGGGCUUCUGCGAGCUGGGUCCGCUCUGCGCCAAGCGCCAUGUGCGCCGCCGUCUGUGUCCGUUCUACCUGGCGGGAUUCUGCCCGGAGGGUAAGAACUGCACGGAUGCGCACCCGCGGUGGACGGAGAAUCUGCCGCGGCCUUCGAUGCGAGUGGAGAAGACGGAGGAGGACCUGGAGCGGGAGCGGGCUUUGAUUCGCGAGGAACAGGAGAAGGAGAAAGAACGGGAGCGGGAAUGGCGGAACGAACGCGGCCGCGGCGGAGGGUUCAUGCGUGGCCGUUUCCGCGGCCGCGGGCGUGGUUAGACAGGACGAAACAUUGCGCAGAGUUUCUGGUUUUUAUGUGGGGGACAGGGCAGCAUUUGUUAGAUUCAAGUUGCUACAUUUGUGAAGAUACCCAACCGUGGCAUUUAUGAUUUUGAUUUGGUUGUACGCAAAGCAGG